CUAGUGUCUUAAGUUGUCUAUUGUGAAAUGGUCACUCUUGUCUCGUCUCAUCUUCGUCUUUAUAUUCUGCCAGUCGCUGUGAGAUAAUAAUAUAUUAGGUACCUAACUCAGUCUUCAACUUGUCAUAUUCAACACUAUGAAGGUUGUUCUAUUCCGAGUCGCGUUCCUCGCUGCUGCUACUGCUCUGGUUGGUGCCCAGACGACGGAUAGCGAUGAUAAAAGCUCUUCCUCGUCGUCUACGGUUUGUGAAGCUCAGAAUAUUCUCGAUACUUGUCUCGCUACGACCGAGAGCUAUCUCAGUCUUUGCGAUAAUACUACGACCGACUAUGUGUGCUUGUGCGAUAAGUAUACCGCCAUCAUGACAUGCUUCGGCAACUGUCCCAACGACAGCCGAGAACCAAGCUACCAACAACAGAAGGAUCUCAACUGUAUGUACGCUACCGCGUACGCCACCACCUCCACCAGCCGCACCACCAGCCGCAGCAGCACGUCUGCUUCGUCCUCGAAGGCGACCGCGACCAGCGAGGGCGGUGUAAAGACCGCCGACGCCACUUCUACCGCGAGCUCCUCUCACGCCACCGGAGCCAUUCAGAGCGGCAACGGCGCUGGCGAGAGGGUAGUCCAUCAUGCUGGGGGUAGACUAGCCGCUGUUGCUGGUGUCAUCGCGUAUUUCCUGUAG